GAGCCAUGGCGGCCAUGUUGGCAACCAAUAACAUGGGAGUUUCACGGGGCUGUUCUGAGCGUGAGACUGAUUUAUUCCAACAGUCGAUAACGUUUGGAAAUGAUUGCUGCAGGAAUUACAUUAAUUAGUUUAGCAUUAACUACUGCGAUAAAUGCAAUGCGUACUAUCAAAAGAAGCAGUUCUACACGAGUAUUGGAUGGAGCGUAGGCAAAGAGACAUGAAUUAACAGAAUUUCACUUGCAUCCUAAGAUGCAAGGGGAAUCGACACAUUUGUGUACUUUAAUGCUGUAUCGUGUAGUUACUGACUGCAGGGGCCUUUGUUUGCAAGUUGCAGAACCAUGGGAUGCGACCUUGAGCGUCUUUGACGCCUACGUGUCUGGACCAAGAGCUCGCGACAUGUGGUGUGCUGUGUGUGGAAGAAAUGUGUGGUGCGGUGGGAAGCGGAAGUUGCGAGGUGGAAGGGCAAGCACCUCAUGGAGGGAUCAUGGUUUCACUGUUCUUCUGUUCUUGAAGUCUUUCCACUGGCUGGCAGAGGACAGAGCAGAUUUUUACUACUUUGUGUGGUGUAUGCCAUAUCACAGCCCAUCAGAAUUUCCCGAAUCUGUGACACAGUUUCAUUUCCAGUCACUUACCACUGAAACUCAGGAUGGAAACUUCUCUGGGGGAACAGCUGCAAUCUCGACCGGAGAACUUGAUGUGCAUCUGUGCAAAGAAGUUGCAAUUCCAUGGCAGCAGCUUAUGUUGACCAGUCAGUGCUGCAUUGAAAUGCUUCCCUAAUUUGUUAAAAGUCCUCUUCACAUAUGCAUGGCUGAUCACUUCUUUUUUAUGAUUUAGAACACUCCACAUUUUGAAGAGUUUCUCAUGCCAUACUCUAAUGUUCUUCUGGGUUGGUGGGUCCUUUCUGAAAUGUGUGUGGAAGUUUUCAUGCAUUUGAACGUCUGAUUUUGUUUUGAAGAACCAACCAACAUGCAUAACUUUCUCCUGUGGAGUUGCUGUUUCAGCAUUUUGUCACAUGACCCUUCACAUGCUUCAUGCUGACCUGUAGUGGCAGUAUGACAAACUUCAAGUAUCUAACAAAAUAAGUCACGUGUUUUUUGAAAUGCAGUGUGAUUCUUUAUUAUGUCUUUUAUUUGUUGAAGGACUUGUGGUGUACUGUUUAGUAUUACAAUUGCUAGACCUGUUUUCUAGAUUAUAUUCUGUUAUGUAACAUAUUUAAAAAAUGUGAUCUAUGUAAUUAUUCUAAAAAUGCAUACUUUGUAAAUUCUGUGUUUAUUUUAUUAUAUCCUGGAGAAUUUUUACUUUUGGAAGUUAAUUUACUGAAUAUGAAUCAGCAUUUUCUCGAAUUUUAAUUUUGUUGUGUCAUUAGCCCACAAUUUAAUGUUUUAACCCAUUAAAUUUGUGGGAUAAUUUGGUUAUAAUGCUUCUUUCUUAUUCUUGUUGAAGUGUUGUAUUAAUUUUUUAUAAGCCCUUAUUUUUCCUACCAUAUAGGUUAUGUUCAGUUUCGUGUAAAUAAUGUUCCAAAAUUUGUCUACUUUUUCCCCCUUUUUGUUUCAGCUUUUUUGCUGUAUAUUAAAUCACUUAAACUUUCUGAUGAUUUAAAAAUUUUUACAGAUUUUUGUUGUUGUUCUUUUGAAUGUGUUCUUAAUCAGUAUUUUAAGGCCUCUUGUUAUUUAUACUUCAUUUUGUUUUCUGUUUGCUUCUUAACUAUAGAUAGAGCAAUAUGUAUUGCCUACCAUUUUAAAUUUAUAUUAUUAUCACUUUCAGUCCAAGUAUGUUGUUGCCCUUGAUUGGUAUUAUUUUCUAAUUUGUAAUGUUACAUCAGUUGUAUCUUUACUGGGGGUGUAUUUUGUUAUUAAACUUUCAGGAGUCUGUAA